AUGGCGUUUGAAAAGAGAGGGCGGGCUAUCACACGGCACUGCAAAGACAGUGAAGAUACAUUUUCUGAUAAAGAGGAAGAUGAUGAUGAUGAUGACGCUACUGAAGAGGGUAGCAAGGAGGAAGAAAAAUCUCCUCCAAAGAAAUCUUCCACCACAAAGUCUACAAAGAAAUCAGAAAAGUCAGAACAGACUGCAUCAGAUGACAGUGACCAAGAUGUUCAUGAAAAUAAGAAUGCAAAAAAGACAAAAAAGAAAGCUGCAACAAAGAGGAAAGUUCCAGCAAAGCCUGUCCCAAAAACCAAGAAAGCUGACAGCAGCAGCAACCGAGGGAAAAAGAAAGCAAGCAAGAGCAAGGAUAAAAGUGAAAGCUCUGAUGAUGAUCAGCCAUUGAUCAAGAUGGUUAAAAAAUACCCACCAACUCAAGAACAGUUAAAGGAGACAAUCAAGGAUCUCUUGAAAGAUGCCAACUUGGAGGAAGUUACGAUGAACCAGAUUACCCGAAAAGUUUAUGACAAGUAUCCUGACUUUGAUCUGAGCAGCAGAAAGGAAUUCAUCCGGGAGACAGUUAAAGGUUUGAUAUCCUGAAGUUGAUAUUUAAAAGGACAGUGAGGAUGAAGAUCUUUAUUACUCGAAACUCGAUUUUUAUUACACUGUUCAUUGUUGUGUCGUUCUUAUUUUUAUUUUAUAUAAGGUUUCUCAACUCUCUAGCAAAUUCUACUUUUUUGUAUUUAAAAAAAAGAUAUUUUCUAAAGAUUUUUUUUUUUGACAGUUAAUGAUGUGGAUGGUUUUGGUUGUUGAAACAUGCCACAUUUAGAAAUUGUUUGGCUUGUUAUUGUAUU